UCCUAUAAAUACAUCUGCUGCUGGCACACUUUUGAACACUUUGACACUUUAAAGGUUUGACAUUUCUUCUUAAAAAUGGUUUCCCAAGGACUCCAGAUGAUGGGCAUAAUCACAGGCAUGUUGGGUUGGCUGGGGGUCAUCGUCGUUUGUGCCUUGCCCCAGUGGAAGGUGUCGGCAUUCAUCGGAGCCAAUAUAGUCACAGCACAGAUCAUCUGGGAGGGCAUGUGGAUGAACUGUGUGGUACAGAGCACUGGGCAAAUGCAGUGUAAAGUGUACGACUCCAUGCUGGCACUCACCUCUGACCUUCAGGCAGGCCGGGCCAUGAUCAUCAUCUCCAUUUUGACUGGACUCUUUGGAAUCAUCGUUUCUGUGGCUGGAGGGAAGUGCACCAACUGUAUCGAGGACUCAGGAUCCAAAGCAAAGGCAUGCAUCGUUGCAGGCAUUCUCUUCAUUGUCUCUGGACUCCUUUGUUUGAUCCCAGUGUCAUGGUCGGCGAACACGACCAUACAGAACUUCUAUAAUCCGUUAAUGGUGGAAGCUCAGCGGAGGGAGUUGGGUGCAGCACUGUAUGUCGGCUGGGGAUCUGCUGGGCUGCUAUUACUGGCUGGAGGAAUACUCUGUUGGAACUGCCCACCAAAGCACGAACGCAUCUAUAACCCCAAGUUCUCUGCAGUGAGGUCCAGUUCUACACAGAGAGAAUUUGUCUGAGAGAUAAAAACCCAUGUGACUGAGCUUAAAUAAAUUACUUCAGCAACUAUAUGUAAAUCAACUAUUUAUCUUUAGAAUUAUUACAGACAUUUUUCUUACAUUUAAUAGUGUAACAUAUUCAAUCUUCCUAUUUACAUAGAAUUAUGAAAACUUUUAUUUUGAAGAGAUUAAAUAUGUUUUAUAUAUAUAUAUAACAGUGAAAGUUUUGAGAAUGUGCAAGUAUGGUGGUAUUCAAAAUAUAGAUUUUUUUGAA